AUGGGGGGCCACUGGCGAUGGUUGCUCGCCUGCGAGUGGUUUAUUUUCUUGGCGGCGAGAGGGCUGGCCAGCCCGCUCGAUAGUCUUGAACGAGAGCAUUGGGUCAGCCUCGACUCAACAGCCACCGAUCAGACAACGGAUGUUGCCACGGGUGCCGGGGGCAUGGUGUACAUCAGUGGCUACCAGCAGCAAGCGGCCGCGGGCACUGACGGGUCGCAGCCGAGCGUCCAAGCCCUCCUCAUGGCGUACAACUCCUCGGGGGUUCGCCAGUGGGUCGCCGAGUAUGGAUCAAGCGGAGAAGACCUAGGCAAUUCGGUCGCUGCAGACUCCACCGGCGUGUAUCUCGCCGGGACAGAGUCCGUCCCAAGGAGCUCAAGCAACGGCAGCAGCAGCAGCGGCGCCACCACCACCGACGACGACGACACCGACGCCUUCGUGGUAAAGUACAACUCCACGGGAGGCGUGUUGUGGAAGACCUCUUGGGGCAGCUCCGAGCCCGACCUGGGGAACGGGCUGGCGGUAGACGGCGGCUCCGGGCUCGUCUACAUCGUGGGCACCACCCGGGGCUCGAUGUACUCCGAUGGUACGCCGGAAGGGGGGGGGGGAGGGGACGCGGCGGGGGGGGUAGCGACGGGGAGCUCCGAAGCCACGGCGGCGGAGGAAGACGACGCCUCCGCCGCCACCGCCGGGGCGAACGCGGGGAUGUCGGACGUGUUCUUGACCUGUCUGGACGCGGCGGACGGAGAGAUGCAGUGGACUCGGCAGUUCGGCAGCUCUGCCGUGGACGUCGGGAACAGGGUUGCGGUCGGGCCCAGGGGAGGCGUUUUCCUCGUCGGGCAGCUGGGAGACGACGCGGACUCGUCUCUGGCGGGCCCGCGGGCGUUUUUGGCCAAGUACGACUACCUCGGCAACGCGCAGUUCACGGCGAGGCUCAACUCCACCUCCGCCCACUACGCCGUCGACCUCGCGCCAUCUAUCGGGAGCGGGGGCGAGGGCGUAGUCUACAUGUCGGGUUACACGCUGGGCGACAGCCCCUCGGUAUUCCUGGCUCGGUUCGAGGGGUCGACGGGAGCGCAGACGUGGCUCAGCCACCUGGGUGAGGAGACAGGGAUGCCGCACCUGGCACAGUCGGUGGCGGUGGUGGAGGGCAGCCAGUACGACUUCAGCCUGGGCGUGGGGGGCGCGGCGGAGGGCGCGGCGGCGGCGGCACCCGGGCCGUCCGGGGACGCCGGGGAGGGGGAGGAGCAGGCCGCGGUGGGCAACGAGGCGAGGAUCGUCGUGGUGGGGUACAACACGUCGGCGGCGGCGGCGGACUCGCACUCGAGCACCGGGUUCACGGCGGCCGCGGACACGAGCGGGAGCUGGGCUUGGUACUCGGCGUCGGAGAAGGCGGACCGGCAGACGGCGAUAGCCAUCGGCACCGCCGACGGGGUAUCGUCGGGCAGCAGCGGCGGCGGCAGCGGCGGCGGCGAGUCGUUCGCCUACAUCGUCGGCACGGUGGCCGCCAGCGAGGCCUCCCCGGGCAACUACCUCUUCCUCGACAUCCAGAGGGUGGUGCGGGAGAGGUCGCAGACCCCGGCCCCUACGGCGCAGCAAGCGGCGGCCGGGCAGGGGGCGGCGGCGGGCUCGGCGGCGGACCCGCCCGGCGGGGCGUCGAGCACUACCGGGCUGUCUCAGGGGUCUAGCCUCUGGCUGCUGAUCAUCGCCCCGAUCUUCGUGGUCCUGUCGUGCAUCCUGAUGGUGGGCUACGUGUCGAAGCAGUGCGCCAUCGCGUUCGGGACGAGGCCGCACCCGCCACCGGAGUCGCUGGAGCCGAUCGAUUUCGAAGAAGACGGCGGCGGCAUGCGAACCACUCGCUCGUUCCGACGGGGCAAGAAGUCGCCGCCGCCGGAGUGGAACGACCGCGCCUCCGGGUCUUUGAGCAAAGGUUCGGCAGGUCUGCGGCGGAGCGGUACCAGCAGCAAGACGGGGCGCGCGGCAGGAUGGCCGCGCUCGGUCGCGGCCGCUUUCCGAGAGGGCGGCAGCCCGUACCGAAAGCUACGGACGAGAGAACAGGAACCGGGGCGGAGCGGCGGCGGCGGCGGCGGCGGUGGAGGGCGAGAAAGGAGAGAGAAGCGGGGGUCAUCGGCGUCGUCGUCCCCGCUCUCUCCGGAGAACGCGGAGGUAGAGAUGCGGCAGGUGACUGCUGAGCGGCGGCAUCGCGCGCCGUUUGACCACCCCAGAGAAGAAGAGGGCUUCCCCGGUGGCGGCGAAGAAAGCGUGGCCACGUUCGAAGACCUCUCCCAUAGCAAGAGCGGCGGUGCCACGGCGGGAGCCGGCGCCGCCGCCUCCGCCGGGUGGGAUGCCUUCGGAGAGGAAGAGAUUGCCGGGGGCGGGGGUGGAUACGGUGGGCGAUCACACAUGAGUAUGAGCAACCCUCGAGACGGCGACGAGCCUGCCGCGGAUCAGCCGUCGUUCCCCCUCCCCGCGCAAGGGUCGCAGCAGCUCUUGUAGGACAGAGACGGAUGUUUUUUUGAAGUGUUUGGUGUUCGGGCUCGGGAGAAGGAGAGGAGGACGCGGACUUCCUUCUCGUUGCACUUUAUCGUGCGUGCGCUUCCUUUCCGUUCGGGUAGGCUGUUUUGCGCCUGUGCAACAUACCGAGGUUUUGGUGCCUUUGGGGUGGUUUUAAGUGGUGCCUACGUAUGGUAUGUAGGGUGAUUUUGGCUGGAAAAAUCACACCUGUUGAAGGUUUUUUGUAUUCAUAUCUACGAGAGUCGGAAAAAUUGUCCCUUUGUACCGAAAUACGAAUUUACUUGUCUUUAAGGUGUUGCUUCAACUUGCCUAGCGAAGCCGAAGGCGUGUACAGAAUCACGGGCUCGGCCCGUGAUCUAGAGGGAUGGGCCUGUCGAAAGCUUUCGUUGUAUGCAAGAACUCAUAAACUUGGUAAAUAUACUCGUUUUUGUUUUUUUUUGGGGGGAGGGGUACAAACCUGCGAGCAAACCCAGGUCCAUUGUAACCGCGACGCUGGUUCUCGGUUUCGAGUCGUGGGGUCGAUGCCGUUGUUGCUGGUAGCGCCGUUCGCAGCCCUUGAUGAGCAUCUUAAGAAGUUUAACGCCGCCUGCGCUGCAACUAUGUAGGGCAUAAGCAUCCCUCCCCUUUUUGAGCACCUCGUGUAAACCGUGUACAGCAGUCAUGGCUCCGGUAUCAGAAUGUGGUGUGACAAAGUCCCUCGGCUUUUUGUAUCGGAGCCCCCUCUCGUAGGGUACCUACCCUCUAUUAGAAGGUAGUUAUUGACCGCGAGGUCUUGUUUGUUUUGUCCCAGGGAAAAACGUGGCAGACCCUGCGUGGUGGUGAGAAGAACACUUUUUUUUCGUGUGGGAUGCGAUGUUAGGAUAAGUCUGUAGACUUGCGCCCACCAUGGUACUUGCGUCCACCUACGGCGGCCGCGUGACGUUAUCUCCGACGGCCGAACCUCCGAAAAGAAAGCUGUACGAUAGGUCAAGUGAACAACAAAAACGUAGGUUUGGGUGUCCU